AUGGCUUUGCGGGUUAUUCAGACGGCCCUUAGAACUCGGGCUUUCAAUACCAUUAGCUGCCACCCCCCACCAGAUAGCAUAUACGCUCGGGUUCGGAAUUUCAUAGCCACAAAUGACAUCCUCCGGGGUGACGCCUCUGUUCUUCCUCUAGAUCAUGAACCGUCUAAAACCCUCAGCACUAUCCAGAAGGAGUUGUUAGAGCAAAUAGAAGAAGCUGAUGUAAAUUAUUAUGAGUUUAAGGUUAGGCGUGGUGGACCAACCACUAAGGAGGCUCCAAACCUGAUACCGUUUGAUCAGGAGAGACGCAUCGUUGGAUGCAUUUGCCAUGAAGAAUCUCAUCACAUCAGCUACCUGCUGCUCUAUAGGGGUUUACCAGCUCGCUGCAGAUGUGGUCACUGGUUCAAGCUGGUCACUUUCGACGAAUACGAGGCCGCUCGAGAUCGCUAUUGGAAAAAAAUCGAAUCGGAGCCAGAAAACCAGAAGCUGAUGAAGGAUUUGAACGAUGCCGAAACUGAAUUGCAAAAACUUCUAGAAGAGAGCAAGUCAAUGACCAACCGCUCCCCUGGGUCCAACGAUAUGUUGGACAAGUUGGCAAUAGAAUGGAAUAAGUACAAAAACGCCUACCACCAAAUUAGAAAGAAGAUCGAUGAGGCUUGCAUCACGGAUAUUCGUUGA